AGACAAGCCUUCUUCACGUGCCGCCCAUCAUCGUACCAUACACGAUGCGGAACGCAUAUCAGCAUCAACGUUUUUCUUUUAUUACCCACCAUUGGGUGGCAGCGAGAUAGAGCAAACCUUGGCAGUAGAUCGUCAACCGUAUAACAAACCUAACCGAAAACCUCGUCGCAACGACCUCGUUGAAAGUAAAUCCCGCGUGUCUGUGUGUGUGCAUUGCAGGGACCUCCGAUGAGAAGGAAAAUUUACAAUUUAACGGUGCACUACUGGUUGUCUGCCAUCCGUUGGUGUCCGCUGGAUUGAAACCCCCAUUGCUCGUAAGCUGGUGUGACGCGUGAGCAGAAGGCAAACCGGUGAAACAGAUUCGCUCAAAAUGGCACAGAUUUUAACCAACAUAUAUGACUGGUACAGAGACCUCAUGGACAAUCAGAGCGAUCCCCGCGUCGCCGAUUGGCCCAUGAUGUCCUCGCCCUUUCCCACUCUAGGCCUUUGCAUAUUUUAUGCGUACUUUAGCAAAUCGCUAGCACCAAAGCUUAUGGAGAAGCGAAAACCAAUGGACCUUAGGAAUACUCUAGUAAUUUAUAAUCUCUUUCAAACUAUCUUCAGCACAUGGAUAUUCUACGAGUACCUUCAAAGUGGAUGGGGAGGACGCUACAGCUUCAGAUGCCAACCUGUCGACUAUUCCGACAACCCACUCGCUCUACGGGUAAGGAUCAUUUUUGCAACUGAUAUCCUUAGUUAUUGUUUCUUUUUUGCCUGGUUACAUUCGAGACGCGAGUGCUUUGAACGUGUCACACUAACUUGCAACAUCUCUUUCCUUCCCCCGCUCACUGCUUGCCAGAUGGCCCGAACGUGCUGGUGGUACUAUGUCUCGAAAUUCACCGAGUUCUUCGACACGCUGUUCUUCAUCCUGCGGAAGAAGACUCAGCACGUCUCGACGCUGCACGUCAUCCACCACGGCUGCAUGCCGUUCUCGGUGUGGAUGGGCAUGAAGUUCGCCCCCGGUGGCCACAGCACAUUCUUUGCAAUGCUGAACUCAUUCGUCCACAUUGUGAUGUACUUCUACUACAUGGUGGCAGCCCUCGGACCAAAGUACCAGAAGUACAUCUGGUGGAAAAAGUAUCUAACUGCAUUCCAGAUGGCCCAGUUCGUCGCCAUCUUCACGCACCAGUUCCAGCUGCUGUUCACCGAGUGCGACUACCCGAAGGGUUUCAUGGUGUGGAUCGGACUGCACGGUAUCAUGUUCCUGUUCCUGUUCUCCGAUUUCUACAAGCAGGCGUACAACAAGCGGGUCGGCCGGGCCAAGCGGGAAGCGGAAGCACUACUGGCCAAGUCGCACGCCAAUGGCAAGCUGCACAACGGAGAUAUUGUCAACAACAACCAGGGUGCUUGCAUGCCCGUCCUGAACGAUGAUGACGAACUGCACCAGCGAAAGGUGACCGGAAAUGGAAUCUACUUGAACGGUGGUGCCAAAACGGCGAAUUCCUACAGCAAUGGCAAUUCGAACGGUUUUGUCGAAUCGAUCCAGCAGUCGAAUGGCGGCAUCGGCGAGAACGGUGGAGCACGGGUGCGGAAAAUCCAAUAACGCUAACAACAACUAGAUAUAGGCCUUGGUGGUUAGCAUCAUCAUAUUCAUCAUUAUCAUCAUCGUCAUCAUUCAAAUCUUCUCGCCAUCAUCACCGCCCCCUCCCCUAAAAAAACCCACCAUCAUGAGUGUCUGUCACCUGCGUGUGUGUGUGUCCGACUGGCCGUUCUACGAAGGGGCUGUCUCGAAGUGCUCUAGGAAGAGCGAAAGCAACUGCCCGUGCACCACCGCGGAGCGAGGAAAUUGUUUAUUUUUAGUACGAUUUUGGCUAAAGAUGAGUUCAGAAUUCACUUGCCCCGGCUCUCUCCCAAAGAGUGGGAUCGCGAUCUUCACCCCGGUUCGCAACUCUGCACAAAUCUAUCAUCAUCCUCCAUCCUGUUUAAUGCUGUGGUGUAAUACACGCACACAGUGGUGGCAGAAGCAUAUGACUAAACGACAGCCGAACAACGGUGCUCAGUAGCAGUCAGUGGCGCAAGAAACAGGAUGGCCGGAGCAAACGGAACAGUACUCGAAGCCAGUAUGGACCACAGCCGGACGACACGGUGGUGGGAUACAAGAUGGAGGGAGGGGAUACAGUUUGAUGGUGGGAAUGGAGUGUGCACCACGAUCAUAAUAUUAAUGUGUGAAGAUCGAAGGUCCCGCACCUCCAGAAGAGCAGCUACGGGUCCCUAGCCACAACCGGAUCAAAACACUCACACACACACACACAUACAAACGCGUGGCUCGACAGGAAGCUGCUGCAUUAUGGAUAAUGUAUUUUUUGGAAUGUUUUACAUAGUACCAAGUAAAUUAGGGCAGGGCAUGAGAUAAGGAUACGCGUCGAAGGGGUCGGCUUGCGUGUAGUAAGCUGCUUACUUACCACCCCACCCAUAGGUGUGUCUGUGUGGGCCCAUCGUGCAUGGGAACAGUUCAUCUAUCACGUUUCGAACCAGACGAUGCUGGCGGCACACAGUCAGGUGUGGUGUGUUGACCCUUCGAAGAAACUAUAAACAAUACGAUCAAGUUGGUAGUUAGUCGGUGGUGUUAGAUUUUUUGCGUUUACUUUGUUUUUGUUUGGUUACUUGUUUUUUUUUUAACAGUCAUAUUGUACAGUACUAGAGAAGCUUAGCGAACCAGAGACAGGAUAAAGGGAGGAAGACGACAUAUAGGAAAUGCAAUACCUGUGUACCAAAACAAUUGUUUCGUUACUGUAUAAAUCAAAAAGAUGAUAUAAAACAAAUGAAACCGCAUAGGGAACAGAAGAAAAGGAGAAAGAGGAAUAAAACAAUGCUAGCAAAACAGAAAAGCGUGAUGAGCGAGCAGCCGAUUAUAAUAGCGUUUUGAGGAAGGAUGAAUUAGUAGCAACAUAAAUUAAAAAUUGCUGGCGCAGCAAAAUGAGCGGUCUUAAUGCCAAGAAACUGACUAAAAAAAAGAAAACUAUCGAUGUAUGUGAUUGUAUGUGGACUGUUUCCAACAUACGCGCGCGCGGUUUGUGUACAGCAGCGGCAGCAGCAGCAGCAGCGAUUCGGUAUAGUGAUUAAGGGCAAACGAAGCAUGGUGGCGGUAAUAGGACACGAGAGUAAAGAAAAAGAUUAAAAAAAAAAACAAACAAAACAAAACAACAUAUACAUUCUGUCGAUUCCUGUUGUCGGGACGUCGGCAUUGAAUAUAAAGUUAAGAAGCGCAGUGUAAGUCUAAAACAAAUGAAGAAAAAUCUGAAAUCAGAA